CGGGGCUCUGCGCUCGAGCGGUCGAGCCUGACCCGCACCAGCGGAGAAUCGCUCGGCUACGGCCCCCGGCCCCGGGCGGGUAGGAGGAGGCCGCAGUGGCCGGCGCGGGGAUGUCGAGGAGCUCGAAGGCGGUGCUGGGCCUCUCGGUGGUGCUGACGGCGGCCACCGUGGCCGGCGUGCAUCUGAAGCAGCGGCAGGACCGGCAGAGGCUUCAUGAUGGAGUGAUCAGAGACAUUGAGAGACAAAAUCGGAAAAAAGAAAACAUUCGUCUUUUGGGAGAACAGAUUAUUUUGACUGAGCAACUUGAAGCAGAAAGAGAGAAGAUGUUAUUGGCAAAAGGAUCUCAAAAAACAUGACUUGAAAUGAAUGUCAAAUAUUGAUGGGACAGUGUCGAG